GUUGCACUCGAAUCUCAUAGUCAAAGAUCGACACCACUCGUCCACGUGACGCUCCGAUACAUAAAGCAAAAGAUUCGUGCUCAUCGCCCCACGUAGUCCUUCGAUGCGACGACCCACCUACUUCCCGGAUCCCCUAUCCAACAUCCCUUAAUCGCCGGCCACACGUGGCGCCGUUUCAGCGGUACAUCGCCGUUGCCCGCCGGAGGUGCGCCAUAAGAUCCGGUAAGGCGGCGUCGGAGCCUUUUCUUCCGACCAGCGAACGCCUCGCCAUGCCGUCUAAUUACGCGGCGCGGUUCGAUCGCUGGGUUCUGGUGCUUCAUGUCGUGCUUCUCACACUUGUAUGUUGGACUGAGUACCUGCACGUACGUAGAUCUUCCAAGCAGCCAUGGAGGAGUAAAACAAGCUCAAGCGAGCGAGAUCAGCGUGCGUGGCAGCUUCUGAUGAUUUUUUCUUGAUUCUUUGAUAAGGUUGGAAUCGUGACUCGGUGAGCAGUGUAGAGGCUACUGUGCACGCAGAUCCACUCGACUGUUCCAAAUCGUACCCUUCCAAGUUCUAAAGAUGACGAUCGUCGAGAUGUGUGUACACAUGGACUGCUCGGGGUGCGAGAACAAGAUACGAAAAGCCCUCUCCAAGCUACAAGGGGUGGACAGCGUAGACAUAGACAUGGUGAGGCAGAAGGUGACGGUGACCGGGUGGGUGGACCAGAAGAAGGUCCUGAAGGCGGUGAGGAAGACGGGGCGAAGGGCGGUGCUGUGGCCGUAUCCUCUGGACGCGGAGCACAACGUCUACACGCAGGGAUGCUACCAUCUGCAGCACCCGACGCCGGCUCACCGUCUGCUCUUCGACGCCGAACCACACUCUUACAACUACUACAAGCACGGGUACGACGACUCCACCUUGCAUGGCUACUACCAGCAACCAGCGCACACCCAUAUCAUCGAGGAGGAAGCCCGCGUUCGCUUCAGCGACGACAACCCUAAUGCUUGCUCGAUCAUGUAGCUCAUGCAUGUGUCACACAGGACAGAGUAAGAGAGGAAUUAGUUAAGAUGGUACGAGCAUAGGAGAUUAAAUAAUUAAUAUUAAUAGCACUGAAGAAUAUUACUAGAAAGUAUAGAUUGCUUUGUUGAGAGCUAUCUUCUUGUGGUUGUUCUCCGAAUGUCAAUUGUAUACGUAUAUUAUGUGCUUUGGAGAGUAGCACUGUUCAUGUAUCUUUAUUUCA